ACUUGGUUUGUUUUCUACCAGUUUGCUUUCCUGGAUGCUGGUUAUAUUUACAUGGACCAAGACACACUCGCUGAAACUCUUGUGUCUUACAUGAGGAUUUAAUCGAGCUGAGGAUGGCGGAUAUUAGGACAUAUAAUGUUGUUAUUUUGGGAAUAGGAUUUUUGCUCAUUUUUACAGCCUUCACCACCUGUGGUAAUAUCGAAGAAAGUUUGGUGAAAAGCACUAACUUCACUGGAAGUGGCUAUCAUAGCCUUGAAAUAAUAUAUGGAGUUUUUUCAUUCUGUAAUGUGUUAGCUCCCAUUAUCGUUGCAAUAAUUGGACCACAGUUUACCAUAUUCUUGAGUGGGGUUCUUUAUAGUGGUUACAUAGCUUCAUUCAUCAUUCCAUCCACAUGGUCCUUUUAUUUCACAUGUGGCAUUGGAGCAGCAAUGCUAUGGACAGCUCAAGGGCACUUUCUAGUGGAGAACUCUGAUGCAUCCACCAUCAACAGGAACACAGGAUUGUUUUGGGCUUUACUGCAGUGUUCCAUGUUGUUUGGAAAUAUGUACGUUUAUUUUGAUUGGAAAGGAAACACUGAAAUUACAGAUAAAGACAGAAGGAUUAUGUUUACUGCUCUGCUGGUUAUCUCAGCACUCGGGACACUGAGUUUCCUUGCAUUGAGGAAGGUCUGUCAGCAGGAAGAGGUGUGCCAGUCUCUGUUAUCAGCAAGAUUGAAAUAUAAACAAAGAGUAACAUCUGCUGUGACGGAAGCUAAAACACAGGAGACGAUUUUGGAAAUCUUUAAAACAAAAACCAUAUUAUUAUUAAGUUUCUGCAUGGCAUACAGUGGUUUGGAGCUGUCAUUUUACAUUGGUGUUUAUGGAACCUGCAUUGGAGCUACGACACACUUUGGCGAUGAGGCGAAAGGCUUAAUUGGCAUUUCAGGCAUUGUGGUGGGAAUCAGAGAAAUAGUUGGAGGAUGAUUGUUUGGCCUUGUAUUGAAGAAUAACCGUUUCAGACGCACUUCAGUUGUCUUCUUAGGGAUGGUUGUGCACUUUGUGGCCUUCUACUUGAUAUUCCUCAGCAUACCAGAUGAUGCACCUGUGGUCUUCCAAACAAGCUCACAACAUAAGCCAUAUCUGGUACCAAGCGUGUCCAUCGCCCUGCUGUGCAGCUUCUUGCUGGGUCUUGGGGACAGCUGUUUCAAUACUCAACUCUACAGCAUUCUGGAACGAGCGUUUGCUGAGCAGAGCACAUUUGCUAUAUUCAAAUUUAUGCAGUCUAUUUUUACAGCUGUGGCGUUCUUCUACAGUGGUUAUAUACUGCUGACCUGGCAGCUCCUCGUGAUGGUCAUCACGGGAUUGACAGGAACACUGUGUUUUUUCAUGGUGGAGAGGAUGCAGAAUAUGUCAGCUGACAUACAGGAGUAUUAGGUU